UCGAGGUUUUAGCUCAUGGAUUUUCGAAGUCCUGCUCUCCCGAGACCGGCGCUGAGGCACAUUCGGGAAGAAGACGAAGUGAACGCGAGUCAGCAAGUGUCGUAGUUAAGAGUACGAGCUUUUUCUUCAACUACAAGACUGUUGUGUGAAAUGGAUCACACCUCUCGACUCUCAGUGGCGCACUACCGCUAGAUUGCGGCAUAGGAAGACAUAUUAUGUGUUGAACAUGGGCUCAUAAUGCCUUCGGUUUCGGACUCAAGUCAUGGUAGAGAUGAAAUCGGAAGGAGGUUGUGCCAAAGAGCGAUCCUCCCUCAAUCUACACAGAGCAUCAACGCUGAUGAUUCUUCGGAUGAGUUCAAACGCUACAGCUGCAAUGUUAGGCCAAAUUUGUGCACAAGCACGCAGAAGUUGAAGUGGACUCAGGAACUUCACGAGUGUUUUCUGCGUGCCGUCGAUCAUCUGGGCGGUCAAAACAAAGCGACACCAAAGAAAAUACUACACCAUAUGAAUAGAAGCGGUAUUACAAUCGCACAUGUCAAAAGUCAUCUUCAGAUGUACCGACGCGGAAAGAUAAGUGCAUGUAGAGUUUUUGGUUGCGAAUCAUGGACAGAUGAACAAUGGCGUGGUCAAAAUCCUUGGCAGCAAGCAGCUUCAGUGAUUGGCCAGGAUCUCACACAAACCAUUACAAGGUGAUGAUUUUCCAGGGAAACUUGAGUUUGAGCCAGCAGCCA